UCCGGGGGCGCUGUGGGCGGCAGCCUGAGCCAAAGAUACUAGAGGAGCUCAAGGAUCUUUGGCCUGAGCCUGAGCCUGAAGCAAAGAUCCUAGAGGCCUGAACCACACCGCUCGGCGGGAUAACAACCGGCGAUUAUCCGGCUUCACACUGUUCCCGUCACAAGCUGGGGGCUCUGGACCAGGUCUAAUGACGCUAUUGAAAGAAUAGCAACUUCUAAUAUUUCUUCCUCAACUGAUACAUCUAAAACCAAAAUCAAGGUAACAACCAGCUUUUCCCACAACCAAAAAGAGUGAAAAUAGUAAAAAAAAAUACUUGUGAUUGGAACAUUCUUUACAGCAGAAUACUUGAUAUCAUCAUCAUCAUAACUAUAUAAAUUAUGAUGCAAUUCCAUCAAGCUUUGCCUAAAGUUGAACUCCAUGCUCAUCUCAACACCUGCAUCAGCAGCACAACAAUAGAAAAGCUGAUGCUGCAGAAACCACAUCUCAACAUUCAGCAUAACAUGACCAUGAUCAGGAAAGGCCAAACAAGAACUUUAGAAGAAUGCUUUGACAUGUUUAAAGUAAUUCAUCAAUUAACUGACAGCGUGGAACAUAUCUUCAUGGUGGCAAAAGAUGUUAUUAAAGAAUUUGCAGCUGAUGGUGUAAAAUAUCUUGAACUGCGAAGUACACCACGAGACGGAAACACUACAGGGAUGAGCAAGAAGUCAUAUGUUGAGGCUAUACUUGAAGCCAUAAAACAAUGCAGACAAGAAAAUGUGGACAUUGAUGUAAGAUUUCUAUUAUCCAUAGAUAGAAGAGGUGGACCUACUGUUGCCAUGGAGACUGUGAAACUUGCGGAAGAAUUCUUUACAUCCUCUGAUGGGCUAGUAGUUGGUCUGGAUCUAAGUGGAGAUCCAGAGGUAGGACAUGCUAAAAGUUUUAUUGAUCCACUCAAUGCAGCAAGAAACAUUGGUCUUAAGCUUGCUGUGCACAUGGCUGAGGUCCAAAAUAAAAAUGAAGAAUGGGAAUUGUUUCUUGGUCUUCCGCCAGACAGAAUAGGCCAUGGCACAUUCCUUCAUCCUGAAGCUGGAGGUUCAGACCAGCUGGUCAACAUUAUUAAGAAACAUCAAAUACCCAUUGAGCUUUGCUUAACAUCAAAUGUCAAGGGUCAAACUGUCUCAUCAUACAAUUGCCACCAUUUUCAAUACUGGUACAAUCAUGGACACCCGUGUGUGCUUUGCACCGAUGGUAAAGGUGUUUUUGCCAGCAAUUUGUCACAGGAGUAUCAGAUUGCAGAGUCAGCUUUCAACCUGUCUAAAGCUCAGCUAUGGGACCUGUCUUUUCGGAGCAUUAAUUACAUCUUCGCUCCAGAAAGUGUAAAAUCUCACUUGAGAAGUCAAUGGAAUGACCUGAAACCAGGACUAUUUAACGAAGUACUGCACAAGUAACCCUUCCCCAUGAGAGUUGCCCUUUUUGUUUUUUACAUCACUGAUUACAGAUGAGUUUAGCUGAUGCAUCGCUCCUUCAAAACCAGAAAUAAAAUUUACAGAAUAAGUUCCUUCUUAUAUAUUUUAGAGAGAGCACAAUAUUAAUGGAAAACAAUUCCUGCUAUAAACUGUUAUAUUCUUUUAUGACAAAGCAAAACAUGUUGAUAAAUGUUUUAAAUAUUGCUAAAGUAAAUGUUGUUGAUCAAUUUGGAAAUGCUUCUUGAUGAGUCAAAAAUGUAACUGAAUACUUUAAAAACACAAAUAAUUUAACUGCUUUCUCUAUCUGUGCAGAUAUUAACGAGGCACUUCCUGCUUUUCAUCUAUAUUUAGGUGCGAUAUCGCUUCAGGAGCAAAAAUUAUGCUUUCUUAAAAACACGUUAAACUCAGCACAGUUUGCUGCUUCUGCAUAAUUAACUCAACAACAUCAAUUUUCCCUAUGAACAGAAACUCUUUUAGAUCCAUUCCCAGGAAUUGGCAGUAAAUGGAUAUUUAUCAGCCAUCCCCAAAUGAAUUGGCAGUCAUCUGCCUUCAUAAACUGCUGCAGACAAGAUUGCAAUUACGUGUUGUCUCUUGACUGAACAGUAAAUGCUUUCAUUGUUACCAAGUAGCAAUUUCACUAUAACUUAAAUCACUGAAGCUGAAUAAUAUCAACAAUAGUUACUGUAAGUACACGUAACAUUUUAAAUAUUGGCUUGGAUUUUACUGGCACAGCCUGCAGCCAGUGCUUCCCCUCUCUGUAACUUAGCCAAAGAUUGUCCAGUUGUUCAUUAAGUUGAGUGAUGCUGCUUUGAGCUGCAAUAGUUCCUCAAACAAUGCAGUGAAGUGACACAGGUGGAUCAGAACAUGCGAUGCCCCAGAUUUGAAAGCCAUCAAAGUUUCAUGAACAUUUCUGACGUUCAGAAACAACUUAAAACUAAAGUUAACAUUAACAUUUUUUAACGAAAUAAAAUCAACGACAAACAAAUACGAAUAUCAAAGAACCAUGAAUCAUUCAACAAUGUAAUGCUGAAAGCCCCCUAUCUUAUUCUUCACUUCCCCGUAGUGGCAUUGCAGAUAUUCAAGAAGCAGCUUCCCCAAAAUAUCCCAGGCAAUUUCAGCAAGAACUGCCCUGCCAAAUAUGCUGAAUGCUGCCAGGAAAUGGUGUAAGUUGACCAGUAGGCCUGUGAAUUCCACAUUUGCAGGGGAGUCUCCGAUUCCAUGGAAAUUGCUUGAGAGUGACAUGGACAUCUUAAGUAGAUCAGUUGGUGCACACAGGCAUGAUAUUCAGGGUUUUGCCAACAUUAGUUAUAAUGUAUGGCAAAACUGUGCAGAAGCAUCCGCAUAGUCAGACAAAGUGCUGAUAUUACAAAUGUUAUUGUCUAAAUGCUUUUUUUUAAAGUUUCAAGUUGAAUUUAUUGCCAUAUAUACGUGCAAUGAGGCACAGGUGCAUGAAAAACGUUCAUCAAUUAAAAGAUCCAGCUUAGAGAGAGAGAUUUAGUACUCACCCAAGUCCUUCAUCAGUAUGGCUUUAUAGUACUUUUUCUGCAGUGCAGACAUCCCAUGAUACAAGACAACAUCUAUCUUUUUUGGUAGUUCAGAGAGAACAUCAGCCUUAAUUCUUCUGAGGAGGAAUGGUUGCAUUAGACCAUGCAGAUCUUUGGCUAGGGUGAGAGAAAAAUAAAUGCAAUGAAAAUCAAGAUAAAUCUCAGGUGUAAUAACGCAAAUGGAUAUUCUAAUUUUAAAAUAUUAAAUUAAACUAAAAUGUACAUUGGUGAAACCAUGAUUAUUUUUACUUGUUUUAAAAUGGAAAUUUGAUGAUAAAUAAAAAGAUUAAAAUAAAA